AUGACAAGAGCAAAAGAAACUUCAAACAUAGAUCUCAUACGCCAUCAUCUCUUAGGUGACACCAUCUCUGACCCUUUUCUCCAUCCUGUUAAACUUGAAAACCCUUCCUCAGAUUUUGAUUUCUCUUCCUAUAUCUCAGACACCACCACCUUCUUCACUUUCCUUGAAGGCUAUGAUUUGACAUCAGACAUGGAGUUCUUUACGCACACUUCAUCUCCAAGUCAUCAAACAAGCCCUUCAAAGGAAACCAGUUCAUCACCUGAAGUAGUACUACCAAUACCACAUACUAUUGUGUCAUCAAAGAAGAUGAAGAAAGAAGAAGAGAUUGUUGAUGAGACAAGGAGGUAUAGGGGAGUAAGGAGAAGGCCGUGGGGGAAGUUUGCAGCUGAGAUACGUGAUCCGUCAAGGAAAGGAAGUAGGGUUUGGUUAGGUACAUUUGAUAGUGAAAUCGAUGCUGCAAAAGCUUAUGAUUCUGCUGCUUUCAGAAUGAGAGGUAGGAAAGCUAUAUUGAAUUUUCCUUUGGAGGCUGGACUGUGUGAUCCUAAGCCGAAUAGUUGUGGCAGGAAAAGGAGAAGAGAAAGUGAAAGUGAAGGUGCAAGAAGUUCUAGUUCAAGUUCUUGA